AUACACCUUCCGUUCGAGUUUUUCCACUCCAAACCACCACAAACGAAUCAAGCUCUGUUGCUCUGAAGUGUGAAGUGGAAGGCAAGCCACAGCCAACUGUAAAAUGGUUUAAAAACGGUUUUCCUGUUCACACAAAUGAUUCGAGAAUAACGUCCACCAUUGCUGGGUCGUAUGAACGUUUAAACGUAUCACUCAUGAUUCUAAAUGUCAGCCGGUUUGACGAGGGCGUGUACAGAUGUCAAGCAUAUAAUGGUAUUGGAGAAAAUGUAUUUUCCACUGGGGCCAAUCUAACUGUACAUUAUCCUCCAAAAAUAUCUGCAUCACCACAGAAUGUUACAGAGAUUGAACAUCAAUCUGUAACUUUUUACUGCACUGUCCAAGGGAAGCCAAUACAGAUAACAUGGUGGUACAGCGAUGUAAACUGGAUCAACACAAGUGAUAGCGACAAGUACAGUGUUAGUUGGCCUUCUUCCGAAAGCAGUAGCGAGGUCUCUUUGACAAUAAACAGCUUGGUGAGAGGUGACGAGGGGACGUACCGUUGUAAAGCUGAGAAUAACCUAGGCACCGAGUAUUCACAACCAGCAUACUUGACAGUUUAUUAUUCACCAAAGAUUCUCACCUCUCCAUCUGGAGUCACUAAAAGAGAGGAAGAAAAUGUUACUCUCUCCUGCCGGUUCGAGGGAAAACCUAUACCUAGGGUGGUGGAAUGGUUUACAAAUGGACAGAAACUUGCCAUCAACUCCAACUCAAGGCUAACAGUCAGUGAUUCAAGAAAUACUAGUAGUACCACAUCUUCGCUUACCAUCACCAAUCUGAACAGAACAGAUGAGGGCAACUAUAUAUGUGUCAUCAGCAACAUUGUCAAAACAAAUGUUACUUCUACUGCAGCAAAGCUAACAGUCCAUUAUCCACCUUUUAUAGCUUUAUCUCCACAUCAUACUACUACCAAGGAAUCAAGCCAUGUUACAUUGAAGUGUCAUGUGAAAGGCAAUCCUACACCAACCGUGAAGUGGUUUAAAAACGGUUUUUCUGUUGGCACAAAUGAUUCAAGAAUAACAUCUGCCAUUGCUGAGUCGUAUGAAGGUUUAAACGUAUCGCUCCUGAUUGUAAAUGUCAACCGGUUGGACGAGRGCGUGUACUCAUGUCACGCAUCUAAUGGCAUUGGAGAAAAUGUAUCGUCCACUGGAGCGAAUUUGACUGUACACUAUCCUUCAAAGAUAUCUGCAUCACCGAAGAAUGUUACAAAGAUUGAACAUCAAUCGGUGAUUUUUAAUUGUACGGUGCAAGGCAAGCCCAUAUCACAAAUAACAUGGUGGUACAGCAAUGGAAAGAUCAACACAAGUGAUAGCGCCAAGUACAGUGUUAGUGGGCAUUCUUCAGCAAGCAGUUGCGAGGUCUCUUUGACGAUAAACAGCUUAGUGAGAAGUGACGAGGGGACUUACCGCUGUAAAGCUGAGAAUAGUCUAGGAACCGAGUAUUCUCAACCAGCAUACUUGACUGUUUAUUAUCCAACAAAGAUUCUCACCUCUCCAUCUGGAAUCACUAAAACUGAGGGAGCUAAUGUUGCUUUUUUCUGCCGGUUUGAGGGCAAACCUAUACCUACGAUGGUGGAAUGGUUUGCAAAUGGACAGAAACUUGCCAUCAACUCCAACUCAAGGCUGACAGUCAGACAGUCAGGUGAUUCUAGUAAUGUCACUUCUUGGCUUACCAUCACCAAUCUGAACAGAGCUGAUAAGGGCAACUAUACAUGUGUCAUCGGCAACAGCGUCAAAUCAAAUGUUAUUUCUAGUGCAGCACAACUUACUAUCCAUUAUCCACCUUUCGUUCGAUUUUCUCCGCUCCAUACAACCAUAAACGAAUCAAGCACUGUUACACUGAAGUGUGAAGUGGAAGGAAAGCCACAGCCAACUGUAAAAUGGUUUAAAAACGGUUUUCCUGUUGACAAAAAUGAUUCGAGAAUAACGUCUCCCAUUGCUGGUUCAAAAGAACGUGUAAACGCAUCGCUCAUGAUUCAAAACGUCGGCCGGUUUGACGAGGGCGUGUACAAAUGUCAUGCAUAUAAUGGUAUUGGAGAAAAUGUGCUUUCCACUAGAGCCAAUCUAACUGUACAUUAUCCUCCAAAAAUAUCUGCAUCACCACAGAAUGUUACGGAGAUUGAACAUCAAUCUGUAACUUUUUACUGCACUGUCCAAGGGAAGCCCAUACAGAUAACAUGGUGGUACAGCGGUGUAAAGAUCAACGCCAGUAAUGGUUUCAAGUACAGGGCUAGUUGGCCUUCUUCCGAAAGCAGUAGCGAGGUCUCUUUGACAAUAAAAAGCUUGGUGAGAGGUGACGAGGGGACUUACCGUUGUAAAGCUGAGAAUAACCUAGGCACCGAGUAUUCUCAGCCAGGAUACUUGACUGUAUUUUAUCCACCAAAGAUUCUCACCUCUCCAUCUGGUAUCACUAAAACAGAGGGAGAAAAUGUUACUCUCUCAUGCCGGUUUGAGGGCAAACCUUUACCUAGGAUGGUGGAAUGGUCUGCAAAUGGACAGAAACUUGCCAUCAACUCCAACUCAAGACUGACAGUCAAUGAAUCAGAAGAUUCUGGUGGUGUCACCUCUUCGCUUACCAUCACCAAGCUGAACAGAACAGAUAACGGCAACUAUACCUGUGUCAUCGGCAACAGCGUCAAAUCAAAUGUUACUUCUAGUGCAGCACAACUUACUGUCAAUUGUAAAUAGCAUCGUUCUAUCUAUGAUGCACCAGUUGUGUUGCGAUUUAGAGAGAUCGCAUGGAUUAUGCGGCGCACACCUUUUAAGUGCACAGACCUCAUUGCCAGUUUUAAUGGCAUGCAGCAUCCCACCUUUAAGAAAACGUGACUUCACAACCAGCCAACUUAUGAAUAGGCUCAUUUUAUGACAUCAAUAUGAAUAUACAUUAAUCCCACGACAAGUUAGUCAUGGGAUUCUGAUAUGAAUGUACAUUAAUUCCACGACAAGUUAGUCAUGGGACUCGAAAUGAAUGUACAGUAAUUCCACGACAAGUUAGUCAUGGAAUUCGAAAUGAAUGUACAGUAA